GAUACGUCACGUGUACUUCCGCGAAUUGUGGCCGUGAAUGUUUACGCCGACGCGCCCCACUGUUCCGGUCUCACACCGCGGCUCAUCAAAAUGAACCUUACCGGAAAGACGUGCGUCUUUUUCCCUCAGCCUGGUCGUAUUUUAGCGAAAACGUCCCUUUCUCCAAUUUGGCCUCAAUCUGUUCCUUGGCGCCAGUAGUUGACUUCCAGUCCCGCGGCCAUGUCCACGGAGGAGGAGUGGUCGCUGCUUUUCUGGACCAUCGUGGCUGUGAUUGUCCCUGUCGUCAUCACGCUGUGGUGCAGCAUCCAACGCUCGAAACGGAAAACGCACAUGAAGCAGUUCUUCCGCCAGAGCAGACAUGGCUGGCACUACACGGACUUGUUCAGCAAGCCCACCUACUGCUGCGUGUGUUCUCAGCACAUCAUGUUCGGGGCCUUCUGUGAUAGCUGCGGCGUGUGCGCUGACGAGCAGUGCCUGCGUCGGGCAGACCGGGAGCUGGCGUGCAAAGAGAUCAUGGCCCCUUCCCGGGCGGACGGGGUGAUGGCCCACCGAUGGGUCAGGGGGAACGUACCCCUGGCCAGCUACUGUGUAGUGUGCAAGCAGCAGUGUGGAACGCAGCCCAAGCUCUGUGAUCUCAGAUGUGUGUGGUGUCAGACCACAAUACAUGACGAAUGUAUGGACAGCCUGGUAGAUACAACCAAAUGUGACCUGGGCGAGUUCCACAACCUCAUCAUUCCUCCUCACUAUCUCCACCAAGUGAACAAGCUGCGCCGUCGACACCCCGAUGAGUACAAAAAGCUUGCGGCGCAAUGUGGAGAUGGCUGGGCUCCUGUGUUGGUCUUGGCAAACACGCGUAGUGGAAACAACAUGGGGGAGGCCUUGCUGGGAGAGUUCCGCAGCCUUCUCAACCCCGUGCAGGUUUUCGACCUGUCACAACUUGCACCUUCCAAGGCCCUUCAACUGUGCACCCUGCUACCGCCUGGUAGUUUGAGGGUCUUGGUGUGUGGAGGCGAUGGCACAGUGGGAUGGGUGCUUGAUGCCAUCGACGGUAUGAAACUCAAGGGUCAAGACCAAUUCGUUCCAAGAGUGACCAUCCUCCCUCUCGGGACAGGAAAUGACCUUUCCAACACUUUGGGCUGGGGUGCGGGCUAUGCUGGGGAGAUCCCUGUGGAACAGGUUCUCCGCAACAUCCUGGAUGCAGGGGUGGUCCAAAUGGACAGAUGGAAAGUGCAGGUGUCUUCUAAAGGCCUCUCUAUUCGAAAACCAAAGGUUCUCUCCAUGAACAACUACUUCUCUGUUGGUCCUGAUGCUCUGAUGGCGCUCAACUUCCACACGCAUCGUGAGAAAACGCCCUCUUUCUUUUCCAGCCGUAUCAUCAACAAGGCUGUGUACUUCCUAUAUGGCACAAAGGACUGUUUAGUGCAGGAAUGCAAGGACCUGGAUAAGAGGAUUGAGUUGGAGCUUGAUGGUGAGCAAGUCGAGUUGCCCUGCCUGGAGGGCAUCAUUGUUUGCAACAUUGGUUACUGGGGGGGCGGCUGCAGACUCUGGGAGGGAAUGGGCGACGAACCCUGCCCCCCUACACGGUUGGAUGACGGUUUGCUGGAGGUGAUGGGUGUGUUUGGCUCCUUCCACUGUGCUCAGAUCCAGGUCAAGCUGGCCAACCCAGUACGGCUGGGACAGGCCCACACUGUCAGGUUGGUCCUUAAGGGUUCCACGAUGCCAAUGCAAGUGGACGGUGAGCCGUGGGCGCAGGGCCCGUGCACCAUCACAAUUACCCAUAAGACGCAGGCUCUCAUGCUGUACCACAGCUCAGAGCAGACUGAUGACGACGACGACGACGACGGCGAAUCCAGCGCUUCCGAGACAGAAAGCACCACCCCGCAGGACUCGCCCAGGCCCCCGGGGGCAGUGUCCGCUCGAGCUUGACUUAUCCCUGAUAGUCGUUUAUUUUUUCAGCAUAUUUUAGUCAUAUUUUAUCAGUGGUUCUUUCCAUUUUCAAUUGGCAAUUGAAAAACAACAGUUUUUAAUUGUUUCCCUGGUUAAAUAAAGAUUAAAAAAAUAAAUAACGGGUCAGUGUGAAGUGGCAAACGAUUGACACCUUGUCAGUGAUUGGCUGUUCUCCCUCGGGUGUGAUACUCCCCGCCUCCAAAUUAAUUUAAUUAAUUCAACUGUAAAAUCGAAUAAUGAAAAUAUGUACAUUUUUGUGCUGUUACUUUAAAAACGUAUUUUCAAUUGCCAAAUCAAUUUGGAAAGAACAAAUUCUACUUUAUUAGAUCUGCUUCGAAAAGCUUGAGUUUUGGUACUUUGACUUCAUCCCUUCUGACGGCAAAGUCGGGACAGGGUGAACGUGAAACAGAUGGCUGUAAUACUUGCACUUUCUCAUGUGGCACACAUAUUAUUACCUACCAAAUUAUGUUGAUUUUAUGUUCUUUUAUUGUAGGCAUGUUGCUAUUUUACGUUCACGCAUAUUCAACCCCUCCAAGCUGCAGGCAGUGUUGGUUUCCAUACAGUUUUAAAGUACUAAAAUCACAAAUGAAGCAAUUUAGAGUAAUCUGAUGCAGGGAAUGUCUGUAUCCUCAGUAUUUGUCAUGCACUAAACUUUUUUUUUUUUUUUGUAAGGCUGAAAAACAAUCGUCGUAUGAUGUGCCAAACAGCUAAAAGAUUAAUUGGAAGUUUAACUCCGCCAUUAGCUUGAUAAGCAAGACAGAACUCACAAUAGUUUGAAUACCUGCUUGGAAUGUCUUUGCUUUUACGCGUCAUUUUCCACAAGUCAACGCUGGUAAAAUAGUCGAAUGACACUGGGCUAGCAGGUAAUUUGAAUUUAUAUAGCGCCUUUCCCAAGGGGCUUUGAUUAAGUUAUUGUGUUUCCAAGAGGUUCCUGCAGAACAGUACGCAAACAAGCGUUGCACAUCUAUUUUGUUGCAGUGUUAUUUGUCCUGCUGCUACUGCCAUAUUUUAAAUGGUAGUCUUUAGUUAAUAGUCAAUGCCUGUUUCAGGAAUGUCUGCAUCGUAGACUCUGAAUAAUUUCAUUCUAUUUUUUUUCUUAAUUGCUUAAUGCCCGCUUGUAUAAGACCAUCUACUUUGACUUAGCUGCCUGUAUUUAUCAGUGUUCUUUGUGUUCUGUGCCAUUGAUUUUUACUGACUUUGUGGUCGUGGCAGGUGUUUAGCCAUGCUUGCAUCAGGGCUCUUGUUUUUAUUUCUUUAUUUCAAGAAUGCAAAGCAACAAAACACGCUGAUGGAAAUAUGGAUCUGUCAGAUUGCAAUGACACAGCGACAAAUGAAUUGACUACAUUAUCCAUUGAGUUCUUCGUCUAAUGGUACCAAAGCUUAGACGUUCAGUGAUUUGAACAAUAAUAAAAAUGGACACAACACA